CGCGAGCUCAACAACGAGAUCCUGGGCCCCGUCGUGCAGUUCUUGGGCGUGCCCUACGCCACGCCACCCCUGGGCGCCCGCCGCUUCCAGCCACCCGAGGCCCCUGCCUCGUGGCCCGGCGUGCGCAACGCCACCACCCUGCCGCCCGCCUGCCCGCAGAAUCUGCACGGGGCACUGCCCGCCAUCAUGCUGCCUGUGUGGUUCACCGACAAUUUGGAGGCAGCUGCCACUUACGUGCAGAACCAGAGCGAAGACUGCCUGUACCUCAACCUCUACGUGCCCACUGAGGACGGUCCGCUCACAAAAAAACGUGACGAGGCGACGCUCAAUCCGCCAGACACAGAUAUCCGGGACUCUGGGAAGAAGCCUGUGAUGCUGUUUCUGCAUGGCGGCUCCUACAUGGAGGGCACUGGAAACAUGUUCGAUGGCUCUGUCCUGGCUGCCUACGGCAACGUCAUUGUAGCCACACUCAACUACCGGCUUGGGGUGCUCGCCCCCUUUCUUCCUCUACCUCCAGGUUUUCUCAGCACUGGAGAUCAGGCUGCAAAAGGCAACUAUGGACUCCUGGACCAGAUCCAGGCUCUGCGCUGGCUCAGUGAAAACAUUGCCCACUUUGGGGGCGACCCCGAGCGCAUCACCAUCUUUGGGUCUGGGGCAGGGGCCUCCUGUGUCAACCUUCUGAUCCUCUCCCACCAUUCAGAAGGGCUAUUCCAGAAGGCCAUUGCCCAGAGUGGCACUGCCAUUUCCAGCUGGUCUGUCAACUACCAGCCGCUCAAGUACACGCGACUGCUGGCAGCUAAGGUGGGCUGUGACCGAGAGGACAGUGCUGAAGCUGUGGAGUGUCUGCGCCGGAAGCCUUCCCGGGAGCUGGUGGACCAGGAUGUGCAGCCUGCCCGCUACCACAUCGCCUUCGGGCCCGUGGUGGACGGUGACGUCGUCCCCGAUGACCCUGAGAUCCUCAUGCAGCAGGGAGAAUUCCUCAACUACGACAUGCUCAUUGGUGUCAACCAAGGAGAGGGCCUCAAGUUUGUGGAGGACUCAGCAGAGAGCGAGGAUGGCGUGUCUGCCAGCGCAUUCGACUUCACAGUCUCCAACUUUGUGGACAACUUGUAUGGCUACCCAGAGGGCAAGGAUGUGUUGAGGGAGACCAUCAAGUUUAUGUACACAGACUGGGCCGACCGGGACAAUGGCGAGAUGCGGCGCAAGACCCUGUUGGCGCUCUUUACUGACCACCAAUGGGUGGCACCAGCUGUGGCCACCGCCAAGCUGCAUGCCGAUUACCAGUCCCCUGUCUACUUUUACACUUUCUACCACCACUGCCAGGCUGAGGGCCGGCCCGAGUGGGCAGAUGCAGCACAUGGGGAUGAGCUCCCCUACGUCUUUGGUGUGCCCAUGGUGGGUGCCACUGACCUUUUCCCCUGCAACUUCUCUAAGAAUGAUGUCAUGCUCAGCGCCGUGGUCAUGACCUACUGGACCAACUUCGCCAAGACUGGCGACCCCAACCAGCCCGUGCCACAGGACACCAAGUUCAUCCACACCAAGCCCAACCGCUUCGAGGAGGUGGUGUGGAGCAAGUUCAACAGCAAAGAGAAGCAGUACCUGCACAUUGGCUUGAAGCCACGCGUGCGUGACAACUACCGCGCCAACAAGGUGGCUUUCUGGCUGGAGCUUGUGCCCCACCUGCACAACCUGCACACAGAGGUCUUCACUACCACCACACGCCUGCCUCCCUAUGCCACGCGCUGGCCACCUCGCCCACCCGCCGGCGCCCCGGGCACACGCCGGCCCCCGCCACCUGCCACCCUGCCACCGGAACCUGAACCGGAGCCAGGCCCCAGGGCCUAUGACCGCUUCCCCGGGGACUCCCGGGACUAUUCCACGGAGCUGAGCGUCACCGUGGCUGUGGGCGCCUCCCUCCUCUUCCUCAACAUCCUUGCCUUUGCUGCUCUCUACUACAAGCGGGACCGGCGGCAGGAGCUGCGAUGCAGGAGGCUCAGCCCCCCAGGAGGCUCAGGCUCCGGUGUGCCUGGUGGGGGCCCCCUGCUCCCCGCCACCAGCCGAGAGCUGCCACCAGAAGAAGAGCUGGUAUCACUGCAGCUGAAGCGAGGCGGUGGUGUCGGGGCGGACCCUGCUGAGGCCUUGCGCCCCGCCUGCCCACCCGACUACACCCUGGCCUUGCGCCGGGCACCGGACGAUGUGCCUCUCUUGGCCCCCGGGGCUCUGACCCUGCUGCCCAGUGGCCUGGGGCCACCACCUCCCCCACCACCCCCUUCCCUCCAUCCCUUUGGGCCCUUCCCCGCUCCUCCCCCCACUGCUACCAGCCACAACAACACGCUACCCCACCCCCACUCCACUACCCGGGUAUAGGGAGCGGCUUUGGGGGGGCCCUCCUCCCCAGCCCUCCCGCCCACAGGAAGUGCCACUCAGAAGGCAGGGAGGACGACUUGACAACAGGCUGUUCUCGUGUGGAGUUGUCACAUGUGGAGAAGCAUUAGGUGGAACUGGGUUUCCUCAUUGGGAUGCGUGUUUUUCCCGUGCAGAGAGGCCCAUUCUCUUCUCUGGACCUGGGCCUUUGAACAACUGGGGGGCGUUUUGUCCCCUCCAUUGGGACACCAGUCUUCGGUGUGUGGAAGCGUGGAAGGAUUUUCCCACGCAGAGGUGUGCUUUCUCACAAGGGGGUGUGUUUUCCCAUGUGCAGGGUGAGGUUUUUUUUGCCGCCCUGGACACAUGUUGGCCCCCUCAAAGAAUUUCUGCGGGGAUUUAUAUCCCAGAAUCAUGUUCCCUCAUGCCCUCUCCCAUCUCCUCCCUCCCCCCCGCCCCCAUGGAGACCCUGGAAAUGGUGUGUUCACAUACCGUGACCCUUGGCCACCAGAUAACCCAGGGUGGUAACUGGCAAGUAUGGAGGAAAUCACAGCCCCCCCCCGCCCCCGCCUCACUCCCCCGUUUGCCCCGGCAAAGCAUGUUUAGCCCCCCUGGCACAAGUCAGGUGAAGCACGUUCUCCUGGGUAGGCCUUGCCUUCCACAGAUGACAGACACAGAAUCCCUGCCUAGGGGACAGGGGAGAUCCGUGCAACCCUGUGCUGCCUGGGAACUUGUUUUCCCAUGGGUCCAGGGUACAUUUCUCUGAGUAAAAACAUGUUCUUGCAUGUGGAUGUGUGUUUUCCCAUGCAGAUUGCCCCUUUCUCUCCAGCACUUCCUGCAUCCCCCAGGCCUCAGGCUGAGCACCUAAGUUCUCCCCACACAGCAGGUGGGAAGAGACUUCAAACUGACAGAAGCUGAGGGGGAUGUAUAAACCCUGAGGGGAGAGCUCUACUCUCUCUCCCAGAGAUGCUGAGUUGGGGGGGUCAGGAGUGUGGGACCUGCCACCCAUAGAGGCCAUGCAUGUUUGACCAAAGCCCUCAUUGGGGUCUGAAGACAGCCUUUCCCUCAGUCUUCAGACCAUUGCUCAUCCGUGCCAAACUGGGUAGGUGGGUUUCCGGGGUGAAGACCCUCAAAAUGUGCCAGUCCUGGGCCAGGACAGGUAAACGUGGAGGCAGGUGGGCUACAGGGGAGAUGGAGGUGACAGCUAAAAGGGUUCCACCUAUGUCUCUCUCCUGUCUUUACCAUGUCUCAUUUCUCCCUUUGCCUCAAUUUCCCUUUCCCCCAUUUCUAUCUCCCUCUGAAGCUGUCCCAUGUCUCACUGUCAGACCAGCUUCUCCCCUCAGCUGCCCACUCCUUUUCUUUGACCUGCUCCCUCUUCCCUCAGCUGCCAAAGCUUAAGGAAAGGAGUGGUGGAAGGGAAGAGAGCAGGGGAGAAAGGCUUCAUGGGACAGGUUGGGGAGAGAAUGAGGUCAGCUAUGCUGAGGAACAGAUGGAGGGGGCAGUGGGGGACAGGGCUUGGGUAAACAGCAGGAAAAAUUUGAAAGGAUUUGUAAGGUGACUGCCCAGAGGGACCCGAAGAGAAAGGAUUUGAGUCUAUGGGUAAAAGAACCAUGUCAGGAAAGGUUUUUAGGGACACCAGUGGAAGGAGAGAAUCCUUAUCUGCUGGCAUUUUGUGGGUUGUUAGUGCCAAACUUGAGUAGGAGGUGGGGUGCUCUCUUCCAUUGACUCCCAGAUCCAGAAUCCCUGGUCUUGGCUCCCCAGAACUUUGCCUUUUGACUGUACCUUCUCCCACCUCCACCCAUGGAAACUUCAUUCUUUUCCCACCCCUUUCCCUGCCUGGUCUAGUUCCUUUCCAAACAGCUAUGCCCUCUAAAUGCUAGGGACCCGGGCCCUGAACCCUGUAGACAGAUGCCCCCCCCCAAAUUGGGGCAUGGGAGAGGGGCUGGGGGGCCACAUGAUUCAGCCACGGACUCCAAUGCCCAGCCCUUCUCCCCAGAACAAUUCCUUGAUAAUCCCAUGUCCCCAUCCUUCGCGGCUCUGUACACAUUUUUAAACCUGGCAAAAGAUGAAGAGAAUAUUGUAAAUAUAAAAGUUUAACUGUU